CUGCUCCCUGUCCUGACAGCCCUGGUGCUGUGCAGUUUUGGCCCUCUGGAGUCUCUGGGCUGUGACCUGCCUCAGAACCCUGGCCAGCUUAGCAGGAAGACCCUGGUGCUUCUGGGACAAAUGAGGAGGAUCUCCCUCAUCUUGUGUCUGAAGGACAGAAGAGACUUUGGCUUUCCCCGACACGUGGUGGAGGACAGGCAGUUGCAGGAGGCCCAGGCCGUGUCAGUCCUCCACGAGAUGCUGCAGCAGACCUUCAACCUCUUCGUCUCAGAGGCCUCUUCUGCCGCCUGGAACAUGACCCUCCUGGACCAACUGCACUCUGGACUUCAUCGGCAGCUGGAAGAUCUGGAGGCCUGCUUGGUGCAGGGGGUGGUAGAGGAACCAUCUGCCCUG